ACUCCUUAGAUAUUUACUAGAAACGUAAGAAUCUUCCCCCACUCCACUCAUAAUGCCACGUGUGUGCGCAUCCCCCGCCAUAGCUUUUGUAUAUAUAUAAACACAUGCACUUCCAUAUCAUUGAGUAGCCCUGAGGUUGUUUGCUUCCGUUCCGUUCCGUCUAAUCAUGGCCAUGAAGCACUAUUGCAUCUCCAUCACACUUGCUGCUGUCCUCCUGGCGUUCUGUUCCUCUCAAGCUGCAUGCCGAAUCGUUUCCGCUAACAGCACCGUCGUUACUGGCGACGCAGCGGCGAAGUUCGCGAGGAUCAGCAACGCCAAAGCCGAGCUGACGAUAAACGGGUUCCAGAGUGGCGAGUCAGGUGGCGGCCCUGCGGAGUGCGACGGCAAGUUCCACCCGGACGACACGCUGGUAGUGGCAUUGUCGACCCCAUGGUACGCUCACGGGCAGCGCUGUUUCCGGUCCAUCACCAUUCGGGGGCCCAAUGGGAAUUCGGCCAGCGCACGCGUGGUGGAUGAAUGCGACGUCGUCCACGCAGGCUGCAAGCCCGAUAUCGUCGAUGCCUCCCAAGCCGUGUGGGAAGCCCUCAAGGUGCCGCAGAAUCAGUGGGGGCUAAUGGCGGUCACGUGGUCCGACGAUUGAUCGCUCACUACUGUCGACCCACUUCCCGGAAAAUUCAAGUCAGUCGUUGGUGUCGAAAAAUCAUCGUGUCGAAGAAAGAAAUAAAGCCUUUCGGGUUUAUAUUGUUGUUUGCAUGGGUGUCUUUCUUUGUUGAAUAAAACACUUAUAAUAGCCGACGGUGGAUUUAAAAAUCUCGACAGGAGAAUAAUGUGGCUCGUUAUCUUGUAGUCCCCCAAAUCUGUAUGUAUAUUUGAUUUUUGAUAAUGCAAGCAGCCGUUAUCGAUCACCAAGUGGCCACUUCGAGUGAACCGCUGGUCUUGAAAAAAGGAUCAUAUCGAAUAAAGAAAUAAUCAAGUAUAUCAUUUUGAGCUUGUUAGGGUGUUUCUUUCUUAGUUGAAUAAAAUGAUAAUCAUAGGCCGAUGAUGCUUCAAAAAUCCUGACAAAGAGCUUCGCCUCGGAGAUUAACGUGGCUCGUCAUCUUCCAGUCUCCCAAAUCUAUUUGUAUAAUUGUUUCUUGACAAUGCAAGCAGUUUCUGAACAACAGCAACAAAAAACUACAUUCUGAAGCUCUUUCUUAUACUCUUACAGAUUUCACAACUAACGUGUGUUGAUACAUACUAUAUAAUAAUUUUUUUUUAUAAUGGUGAAUUUAUUAGAAAUAAACUGAAAGUCACUACAGACAGCAAAGGCCAGCACAAGGUGUGCGCCUCAGAAGCAAGAAGAAAAAAAAACAUCAACAACAUACAUAACACAAACACAAAGAGCAGCAAAGGAACAAGGAAUAAAACGGUGGAUUUCCUUUCAUUAGAGUAUUUUUAUUAUUUUAAAUUAUAGUUUUUCUUUUCUUUCUUAAUUACAUUUAUGUCUUGAUUCCCUUAGAGUCUACACUAGGGACGGGAUACGGUGACAACCCACUCGGAGGUUGUCAGAUUCACAACCAAGGGUAUUUUGGGUAUAAAAAAGGAAUAUAUUAAUUACCUUUUUGUAUUAAUUAUAUUGGGAAUUAAAAACACAUAUUAAAUACAAUUUUUUUUC